UAACAGGCUCCUCCGCUACCACACUAUUUAAACAGAGGAUAUGUAUCAAGGAACAAGGGAGAAUCAAUGAGAUCAAACAGGAGGCAGAUGCUCCGUCAAUUACAAGCACUUGGACAAGUUUAACUUUUAUUUUUAUCUUUUGCAAGCAUUCUUUCAAAAACAACCUCAACAAGGUCCAAAAAAAGAAGUCACCUUUAGACAAAAUAGUAUAUAGGUGGAAAGAGAAAUAUCUAUAUAAUCUAUUACAGGGUCGCAGAUAUAAACUUAAAAAAAAAAACUGGUGACAUUUCAGCAAAGGGCCCUUUUCCCGUCACUUGACGGUAGAGGGGGAAUUCUGUUUUCUAAGGGCACCCAAGGGGGCGCAGGGACUAAGGAGGUAGAGGAAAGGGGUAGGGAAGGGAGAGGGAGGGAGAGUGGUGGUGGGAAGAAGAAAGACUAAGGUGAGUGGAAGCGGUUGCACUUCAGCGCAAUGCCAUCCUUUUUGUUACUCAGUUUCUCUUCUUGUGCGGUGCUCAGCUGGGCGCUCCUGGCAAGCGGCGGCGGCAGCAGCACCGGGAACCGAGGCGGCGGGCUCCCAGUGGUGGAGGAGACGCAGAAGAUCCAGGUUCUGGUGCUUCUACCCAAGGACAACGUUUACAUGUUCUCCUUGGCCAGGGUCAAGCCGGCCAUUGAGUACGCUCUGAGGAGCUUGGAGGAAAAUGGGACUAGGAGACAGCUGCUGCCACAGGGCUACAGUUUCCAGGUGGACUAUCAGGACUCGCACUGCGGCAACCAGGCACUCUUCAGUUUAGUUGAUCGAGUGGCAGUGGCCCUGGGCUCUAAACCAGACUUGAUCCUGGGCCCUGUCUGCGAAUAUGCUGCGGCACCUGUGGCCCGGCUGGCAUCGCACUGGGACCUGCCCAUGCUGUCUGCUGGAGCUCUUGCUGCUGGUUUCAAGCAUAAGGAGAGCGAGUUCUCGCACCUUACCCGUGUGGCACCCGCCUACGCCAAGAUGGGAGAGAUGAUGCUUGCCUUGUUCCGGCAUCACCAGUGGAGCCGGGCUGCCCUGAUCUACAGUGAUGACAAGCUGGAGCGGAACUGUUACUUCACCCUGGAGGGGGUCCAUGAGGUCUUCCAGGAGGAGGGUUUGCACACGUCCGCCUACAGCUUCGACGAGACCAAAGCCCUAGACGCAGAAGAGAUCGUGCGCUACAUCCAGGCCAGCGAGAGGGUUGUGAUCAUGUGUGCCAACAGCAACACAAUCAGGAACAUCAUGUUAACUGCUCAUCGGCAAGGAAUGACCAAUGGAGACUACGCUUUCUUCAAUAUUGAACUCUUCAAUAGUUCUUCAUAUGGAGAUGGCUCGUGGAAGCGAGGAGACAAACACGACCUUGAAGCUAAGCAAGCGUACUCAUCCCUCCAAACAGUUACUCUACUGAGGACAGUGAAACCUGAGUUUGAGAAGUUUUCCAUGGAGGUAAAAAGUUCUGUUGAGAAACAGGGACUCAAUGAAGAGGAUUACCUGGCCACCCAUAACUUGUUUUUUCUUCUUAUUGAAAAGCUGAAAAUUUUACUAAUUAAACAAAUAUUCCAACAGUGCCUGAUCCACAGCAGCAUUGUUGGUAUUGCAGGACAGGUAUCCAUUGAUGCCAAUGGAGACAGAUAUGGUGAUUUCUCUGUGAUUGCAAUGACUGAUACAGAAGCAGGUACCCAAGAGGUUAUUGGUGAUUACUUUGGAAAACUGGGUCGUUUUGAGAUGAGACCAAAUGUGAAAUAUCCGGGAGGACCUUUAAAAUUGAGAAUAGAUGAAACCAGAGUUAUGGAGCACACAAACUCUUCUCCUUGUAAAUCACGUGGCCUAGAAGAAUCAGCAGUCACAGGAAUUGUUGUGGGUGCCUUAUUAGGAGCUGGCUUAUUAAUGGCCUUCUACUUUUUCAGGAAGAAAUACAGAAUAACCAUUGAGAGACGAAACCAGCAGGAAGAAAAUAACAUUGGAAAGCAUCGGGAAUUAAGGGAAGAUUCUAUCAGAUCCCAUUUUUCAGUGGCAUAAGGAAAGCCUUCCCAUUCUUCCUUAAAUGCUUUAAGAAGAUGGACGGAAUGAGAGACAUCAGUGUAACAAAAGAGGGGCUCUUGAAGAACUCAUUCUCUUAAACAGUUAGCUCAUUUUGUUCUUAAAUUUCUUUAGAAGCUCAGGAAUGAUUUACUAAUCACAUUAUGCCACAUGGCCUUUCAUCUCAUGACAAGCAAAUAUAAGGAUGAAGUGUUAUUCUAUAAGAUAUUCUUAAUUGUUUAGAGGGUCUAUGGAUAUGUUUAUGGUUCUUAAGUCUGAUAUCUCUAAAAUUUGGUGGCUCUACCAGUCAUGUUAAGCAAGGAUAUAAAGCUGUGGUUUCUUGGACUGAAAAACUUCCUUAUGACUAGUAUAAGAACAUCUUUACUUAUAGAUUAAUCUUGGAAAUAAUUUAACAAUCAAAACUCUCUUAAUGAAAAAUUGAAAGGUUCAAAAAAUAGUGUUACUCUCUGUAGCUGGUAGGCAGUUUUGAAGUUCAGUACUGAUUUGUCCUUCAGCCAAUAUGUGCUAUCAGAUUCUAACUACAAGUCUAAAAUGAAGAUCCCCUUUUCCAGGGAAAAAUAAAGUGUAAAUACUAGAGAGGUGUGAGAAGUUUUGUGCAGGAAACAACUAUUAUGAGCUUUUUUUAAAUUGCCAGGGGGAGGGGAGGGAUGGUAGAGAAGCUGGAAAUCUAUUCAACAAUAGUAUUUCCUUUUAGUUUUUUUACCUUUUUCUUUUGAUGUUAGGGAACACCUAUUUUCUCAUACAUGUUUAAAAUUUUAAAAUAGGAGAGGUAUGAAAUAUUUCUAAAACAUUGAAAAGGGCAUCAAGCUUUAAAACUAUAAAACAAUAUGUUCUUGCUAUACAGAUGCUGAAAGGCACAUUUUUUCUUCUUUCCCUUGGCCUUAAAUGAAAGUGAGUUGAUUUCUUUAAUGGUGAAGAGGCAGAAACAGGGUCCCAUUUAAACUCCAAACAAUUGAUAUAUCAUUAUAUCAGCCACUGAAAGCAGAUUACCUUAAUGGCAAAUAAACCCUUCCAACCCAGUACCUAAAAGAAAGUAGGGAUGGACUUGGGAGAUUAAUGUCUAUAAAUAAAGGAAAGAAUUUGAGUUUUGUAAUUAAAAGGAUGCAACUUUUCUUUCUGGAGGUCAAUUCAUAACCUAACACUAGAGGACAACUUCUAGAGGAUAAUUUAUUUAUCACCUAAGGUAUAAAACUAUAACAACUCAUUACCUAUAACUUAUAAAUAUAGUGAAAGAUUAUAAUAAGCUAUAUUCAACUUUGAUACCAAAAGGUAAUCAUUAAAAAUACAUUAAAAAUAUUUGGUAAAUGUAAGCAUGUAAAUAUCUCCUAUGACCCUCAAACUAUUCCCAUAACCCUUAUGUUUUUUCCUAGUGAUUCUUGUUUAGCAGCAGCUAGUUGGAUAUGGUAUUGGGAUUUCAUUCAAUUGAUUAAAUUUUCCCAGGCCUCCCAGUGCAUGCUUAGCACUGUCCAUAGAAUGCACUAUUCAUAGAGAUUUAGUUGUCAAGAUUCCAUUUUAGCUCCUCAGUUAGGAGAAAUAAAAAAUCCCAGAAA